AACCCAAGGCUAGGACUAAAGAAAGACGGGUUCAUUUCUCUCAUUUUUUCUUACUUUCCAACAGAAUAUACCUACUCUGUUUUGUUUGGGAAGAUCAAAAGAUGGAGCUAACAAGUACAAAGAAAUUAUGUUUGUGUCUACUGAUGGUGUUCAUCACUUUGUGUAGAGGAGAAGGACAACUGAGCGAGAAUUACUAUGCCCAAACUUGCCCGAACGUAGAAUUUGUCAUAAGACAAGCAGUGUUAUCGAAAUUCUUCCAGACUUUCACCACUGUUCCUGCCACUCUUCGCCUGUUUUUCCAUGAUUGCUUCGUUGAGGGAUGCGAUGCCUCAGUUAUGAUUGCAUCGCCAAACAACGAUGCAGAAAAAGACUCACCAGAUAAUCUUUCCCUUGCCGGAGAUGGAUUUGACACUGUCAUUAAAGCUAAGCAAGCAGUUGAAGCUUCAUGUCCCGGUGUAGUAUCUUGUGCUGAUGUUAUAGCUAUUGCUGCUCGUGAUGUCGUUGUUCUGGCAGGGGGGCCUUCUUUCAACGUGGAACUAGGACGUCGAGACGGUCUUGUCUCUAAAGCAUCCAGAGUUGCUGGAAAUCUUCCAGAGCCAGACGCACAUCUAGAUGAACUCAACUCCAUGUUUAGGAAACACAACCUCGACCAAACUGAUAUGAUAGCACUUUCUGGUGCCCAUACUGUGGGUUUCUCUCAUUGCGAGCGCAUUUCAAAACGUCUCUACUCAUUCAGUCCUUUUUCACCAAUUGACCCCUCUCUAGAUUCAAAUUACGCACAACAGCUACUAUCUGAUUGCCCUACAGAUGUAGAUCCAAAUAUCGCCAUAAAUAUAGACCCAGCAACUCCUCGAAGAUUUGAUAAUAUGUAUUAUCAAAAUCUGGUCCAAGGCAAAGGAUUUUUCACUUCUGAUCAGGUUCUAUACACAAAUCCAGCUUCUCGAGAUACAGUGAAUGAAUUUGCUAGGAACACGUUUAACUUCAAUAGAGCUUUUUCAAAUGCGAUGGUGAAACUCGGAAGAGUCGGUGUAAAGACAGGAAACCAGGGAGAAAUUAGGAGAGACUGCAUUGCCUUCAAUUCUUGAAGAUUAAAUGACCAUAGUAAGUGGCUGCACAAUUUAGUACUUACGAGUUAUUCAUACUCAUUUUCAUGUCGUUUCAGUUGCUUUCCUGGAAUAUGGCCAAUUUGUAGUCGAGUUUACGAGUAAUAACAAAUGAUAUAGUUAAGCUAAUGCAAUGAAUAUGGAAUUAUUGGUUAAUUGUAAA